AUCUAUAAUGGAAAACAUUUAUUAUAUUGACGUUACCUCUGGAGAUGAUCUUCUUUCAUGUAUACGUAUAUUCCUACUUGACAACUAUCUUGAAGGGAAAAAUAUUCGUUUGAUAGUGGUCGACAGUAUAACACAGCCAUUGAAGACCAUGGAAAUUAAAGUUCGAUUGGGAUUGAUAAAUAAACUGUUUCAACAACUCAGGAUCUUGGCAACCCAGUUCGACCUUGCGGUACUUUGUGAAAUUUUGAGUAAGAAUGUAAUCUAA